AUGAACGAAUAUUUCAAGCGCGCGUCUUCGGAAUGGAAUAUUUCGGACUUUUUGGAAGAAUGCGGUUUAGAAGAGUUUAAACAGAAAAUAGAAGCUUACCUUACGUCCCUCAAGGCCAUCGCUGAUACUCGGGAAGAAUGGCGUGGCAGAGGGACUUUGGGUCUUUGUGUCAUUCAAGUCUUUGGGACGAGCUACGAAGCUAAUGAUGGCCAGCCGGGGCCAGAUUAUAAAUUUACAAGAGAUUGGGAGAAAAAUCAUAGUAAAUUAGUCGGUUUUCACUUCAACAAUUCUACAAUUACGGCUAUCAACGGCGACAUUGGGAAUGAGAGUUACAUCACUGGUGGAGCAGUGAAUGCCGGAGCUUUACCUAUGAAAUCGCCUCGAAAAAAGCCGAUGUAUGAAAGCCAGGAAGAACCGGAUGAGAACCAUAUGGACCCGACAAAAAUGUGGACCCUCGAAUCAUCCGGUCGUAUUGUUGAGAAGGUUAUUUAUGAAUAUACACGAACAUUAAAGCAUGAAUCUUGUUUACAUUCUUUUAUCAUCAAUGAUGCUGAUAUGAAAGCACAAUCAAUAUUCCGAAAAGAAGAAUGGGAAGAAAUAUUUUCUUCUAACCUUAAAAUUGUGCCAAAAAUCGAGAGAUCAAUUACUGAUCUCAUGAAAAAAUAUUCGGUUACCGAUUAUUCCUCAUUUCAAAACAAACAUUUUCGAGCCCUUUCUACCUACUUCAUACUCCCACGAGCAACAUUUUGA